AAUUUGUCUUGCAGUGCCGACUGAAACGUUUUUACUCUGUGAAAUAGAAGAGGUAACGGCAAUGGAGUUAAUAAAAAAGAGAGGCAAUAAAUGCAAAAGAUGAGAGUGAGAAACAAGUAAGGGAGGAGCUGAGGCGGGGAAGGAGACCGGGUGGGGCAGAGUCACACGUUUUACGCAGGCAAUUCCAUGUGCCCACAUGGAUAAUUGGAGCGACCGUGGCAAUUUUGCGGAGCCAAGAAACAGCAACGCCAACAUCAUCAAACGACAACUCAAACGCCCACAACCAUAUCUCGCUCAACGCUUCUAAAUUCCCCCUCUUUUCACGCUCCUCCAUUCCCCCCACAACUUACACUGCACAAAGAUGAAGGAAGCUAGUGAUGGGUUCGUCAGGGCGGAUCAGAUUGAUCUCAAGAGCAUCGAUGAGCAGCUCGAGCGCCACCUCAGCAAGGUGCUCAUGAAGCAGAAGGAGGACGACGAUUCCGCCUCUGAUCAUGCUCGUCACUCUAGCUCCUUUGCCACCGCCGCUAAGUUCAAAGGUGUCGCCGGAACUGCUGCUUCUGGCGGUGCUCCCACCUUCAAGAAGCAGCGCCAGGACUGGGAAAUUGACCCUUCUAACCUCAUCAUCAAGAGUGUCAUAGCUCGCGGCACUUUCGGCACUGUCCACCGUGGCAUCUACGAUGGCCAAGAUGUUGCCGUUAAAAUGCUGGACUGGGGUGAAGAGGGGCACCGGACAGAGGCUGAAAUUAAUGCACUCAGGUCGGCAUUUACGCAAGAAGUUGCUGUUUGGCAUAAACUUCAACAUCCUAAUGUCACAAAGUUUAUAGGGGCGACAAUGGGGUCUUCAGAAUUACAGAUACAGACUGACAAUGGUCUAAUUAGCAUGCCAAGCAAUAUCUGCUGUGUAGUUGUAGAGUAUCUUGCUGGAGGUACGCUGAAAUCUUUCCUAAUAAAGAAUAGGAGGAGGAAGUUAGCUUUUAAGGUUGUCAUCCAGCUGGCACUUGAUCUUGCAAGAGGGCUGAGUUAUCUUCACUCUCAGAAGGUUGUCCACAGAGAUGUAAAGACAGAGAACAUGCUGUUGGAUAAGACGCGCACUGUUAAAAUUGCUGAUUUUGGGGUUGCUCGUGUUGAAGCGUCAAAUCCUAAUGACAUGACUGGGGAGACUGGUACCCUUGGUUACAUGGCUCCUGAGGUUCUGAAUGGCAACCCCUAUAACAGGAAAUGUGAUGUGUACAGUUUUGGCAUCUGUUUGUGGGAAAUAUAUUGUUGUGACAUGCCAUAUCCUGACUUAAGUUUCUCAGAGAUUACUUCAGCUGUUGUUCGCCAGAAUCUGAGACCAGAAAUACCAAGAUGUUGCCCAAGUUCUCUGGCAAAUGUAAUGAAGAAGUGCUGGGAUGCCAAUCCCGAUAAACGGCCGGAAAUGGACGAGGUAGUUUCAUUGCUGGAAGCUAUUGACACAUCCAAAGGUGGAGGUAUGAUCCCUGUGGAUCAGCAGCAGGGUUGUUUUUGCUUCCGUAAGCACAGAGGACCUUGAUCCUUAGUGCAACAAACGAUUAUGAUUUUUAGCUAUUCAAAGAAUCAAUAUGUAUCUAUGGUAAGAAAACUGAAUUUGGAAGACAGGUAAGAGGAAUAUACAAUAGAGGGUAUAGGAAGGAGAAGCUGGUAACGUGUCAAUUCUUAUGUAAAUCCAUAACUCUUGUUUUCUUUUAUUCUUCUUUUUUAUUUGGGUUUUGUGGGUAUGAAUGCUACUUUCAGCUUGGCAAUGUUGCUGGACUGGCCUUAUAACCUUACAAGAUCUUCAUUAUACUUUGUAGUCUUGAUUGAUGUGAUUAAAUUGGAUCUAUUUGCUACA